GAUUCUCUCCCGGUCCAGCCUUCGCUUCGUCUGCGGGGCAUCCUCCGGGCAGCAUGUCCCCUUCUGAGCGCCUGGUCCUCGUGCUGGGAGGAGCUGGGACCGUGGGCUCUGGGAUUGUGAAGUCGCUCCUGGAGAAGGGGUUCCAAGUUGCUGUCAUUUCCCGGGAUGCCACACGCCUGGAGAAGCUUCGGAACUUCCUACCAGCAGAAGCCCACAGUCGCCUGUUCACUGUGGUCGGGGAUGUUGGCACCGAGGAUGGAGCAGAAGCAGCAAAAGUGUCCCUGCUGGAAGGAGGCAGGAAGGUCACUGAUGUGGUCUCCUCUUUGGGUUUCAGCUGGUGGCAAGGGGGAGCACCCCACACUCAGAGCCUGAAGGAGCUACAGUGGGUCCUGGAGACCUUGCUCCUGAGUACCUUCACUGCCUGGAAAGCCUUCUUUCCCCUGGUCUGGGAGAACCCAAGGGGCUCAUACACCUUUAUCACAGGUGGGGCAGGAGAUCAUUUGCUCAGGCCAGGCACAGGCUUCCUGACCCUGGGGGCCUCAGGGGCUCUAUCCUUCAGCAAGGUGGUGCGUGAGGAAUACCCUGAUGUACCCUGUAAGCUGAAUGAGGUGAAGAUCAACAUGGGGGUUGCACUCCCCGAAGCGCUGGCUCCUGGCUACGUCAGCCACCUGGAGGUGGGCCAGGCCGUGGCCUCCCUGGUGGAGAAGCUUGCCGUCUCGCACACUGUGCUGUGUGUAGACUCCCCUGCUGAUCUUCAGGUCUUGACCUCAGAGGGGAAGCUGUGACCCCUCCCUUCUCCCAGGAAACCUGCACCCCCACCCAUUCCUCCUCUCAAUGGAGCUUGCAAGGGUUGAAAAAGCCCCCUUAGCCUAGGUCAUCCCUGUCAUGAACCUCCUGUUUCCUGUAUCACUUCCUUUUAUUACCCAAAGCCCUUCCAGGUGGGGCCCCAGGUGAGGACUGCCCUUAAUCCUGGAGGGGGAUAAGAAGCUGAAUGACUCUCACAGGAGCACAGAACCUUGCUACCCCAGGAAAGGGCUAGAGCUGCGGCAAUGGAGGACGUUACCAUUCCUGAAGCCCAUUGCCCUGGGCUGUGUGGGAGGGAGGCUCGGGUGCUUCAGGCCUGGCUCUUGGUAAGAGAGAAUGCACAGUGGAAGUAGCUAACUCUCAAGUCCCCAGCCAUUUGGGUCUGGAACUCAUGGAGACUCCAGGGAAUUUCUGGGAGGGUGGGGAUAGGAGGACAGGAAGGAACCUAGAAACAAGCCUGGGGUUUGUCCCCCAACUUACUCCGGACUCACACAGUACCAGGGCAUUUCCUAAGAAGUAGCAUUUGCAGCCAUCUGAGCAUUAGCCCCUCUUCCUGACUCCUAUCCCAAGGAGUCAGAGGUCAGAGAGACAGGGUUAGAGCAACUGAAAAGAUGAGAAACUCAGAGAAUGAUUCCCCACACCAUCAGCCCCUGGAAAGGCAUCCUUAUCUAGAACCAUUCACCUUCCCAACCCCAUCCCUCCAUCCUCCCCUCUUCUACUCUCAAUGCCUUCUAUGACCUAGAAUACUUAACCAGCCUGGUCUGAUUCUUGGCUGGGCCAUUUCCAGUGACAACUUCUCUGAUGUAUUUCCCCAGGCUAGGGAUAGAUAAUAUCACCAACCUACCCCUCACCUUCUAGAUGUCUAAUAUUUCUCCCAAUCACUUUGUUCUCUUUUAAUAAAAUUUGUAUGGAUUCCAAGUUGCCUCCGAUCCUUGACUGAGGAUUCUUUGGGGUAGAUGCUUCUGAAUUUUACCUCUGGAGAGGGCAUAAAAAAGGAAAUAUAAUAAAACGGACAUUUAUCAGGCACAUAGUAUGUACUGGGC